AUGGAGAUGGAGGGCGACGCAGAAGAGGAGUUGGUCAGUAAAAAAAAGAACAAUGGCUCGAUAAUCUGGAAAUGGUUCGGUUUUAAAUUGUCAGAUGACCAGCAGCAAAAUGUUUUCUGUAAAGAAUGUCGAAAACCUGUUGCAACAAAGGGUUCGAGCACAACAAACCUCUUCCACCACUUAAAACAGCGCCAUAAAGUGGAGUAUGAGGAGAGCGUCAAAUUACGUGCUGUGACUCAGACCACAAAGUCUUCCCAACCUGUUGUCCCGAAACAAACCCUGUUGCGGGCUUCAUUGAGCCACAGUGAGCCAUACGAAAGAACAAGUAACAAGUGGCGUGAAAUUACCAAAGCGGUGGCUUUCCAUAUCGCCAAAGACAUGGCUCCCGUAUCAACGGUGGAGCAGACCGGUUUUGUACAGCUGCUAAAAACCAUGGACUCGAGAUACCAUUUGCCCAGUCGCAAUUAUUUCGCAAGAGAGGCACUACCCAAAAUGUACACGGAUGUCAGAGCCAGUCUUGCUGCCCGGCUUGCAAAAGUGUCUCACUACGCGCUCACCACCGACAUGUGGUCCAGCAGGACCUGCGAACCUUACAUGAGUGUAACUGUGCACUUCAUAGAGGACUGGGAGCUGAAGAGUGCAUGUCUUCAAACCAGCUACUUUCCGCAAGAUCACACAGGAGAGCAUAUUGCCGAAGCCCUGCAGGAGACCCUCAAAAGCUGGAAUCUCAACCCAACGGGACUAGUUGCUGUGACGACAGACAACGGGACUAAUGUUGUCAAAGCGCUGCAGUUGACAAAGUGGCCAAGGAUGCAGUGUUUUGGUCACAGACUUCAUCUGGCCAUUGGACACAGUUUGGAUGAUGCCCAGGCAACAAGAGCCAUUUCUGUCUGUAAGAGAGUUGUCAGCUGCUUCUCGUACAGCUGGAAGAAGAGAAAAGCCCUGGCUGAUGUGCAAAUACAGCUGGGUCUACCAGGUCACCAGCUAAUCACCGAGUCAGCCACUCGCUGGGGAUCAAGACUACAGAUGAUUGAGAGGGUCCUUGAGCAGGAAGGGGCACUUUCUAAAGUCUUGUCCUCUGACGAGAAAACCAGACCACUUGUUCCCACCUGGCAGGACAUUGAGGUCCUGGAGGCAAUAAAGGCUCUGAAACCCCUUCAAGACUUCACUGACGCUCUCUCAGGAGAAGAGUACGUCACCCUUUCAUACAUCAGGCCUGUGCUUUACCUGUUCACCAACAGUCUCCUGGCACAUGAAGAGGGAGAUACUGAGCUUUGCAAGUCCAUCAAGUCCUGCAUUGUGGACUACCUCAUCAGCAAGUAUGCUGAUCCGUCCACCUGUGACCUGUUGGACAUUGCUUCAUUACUGGAUCCCCGAUUCAAGGCUACGUACAUUUCAGGUGAAUAA